AUGACGAUGAGCUUGCUGGGUGAUCACUCACUGGAUCUGGAUCCUAGUGAUAUCACCAUAAAACGGCCAAUCAACUUCUCAGAAUCCUCAACCAUAUAUGAAGUCCAGAUAUAUGGAGAAAGGCGUGUUAUGAAGUCUCGUGACUAUAUCGAUCGUGUUGACCCGUCCGCUUUUGCGCCACCUCUUACACAUUUCAUCCACGAUCAAUUCCAACCGAGGGCGGUUCUCCUCGAGUACUUACCGAAUGCCGAACGACUGAAUUGCGUGAAUUAUUCCGAAGCUCUCUUUCAGUAUACGGUUGAUGGUAUCAAAAAGAUCCACAGUGCUCUUGUCCACCAUCAUGAUAUUUACCCGAAGAAUAUGCUGGUUGUGUCUGGUAGUAGAAUCGUAUGGAUUGAUUUUGAUGUCGCAAUGACUUUUGAUGAUAUGGGAUCCCGUGAGAAAGAAUACUGCAAAUAUGAAGCCGAUCUCGUUGAAAAUCUCGGGGAGGUUUUGGUUUGUCUUCCUUCGUUUCCUUCAAUACCAGAUAUUAACUAUCACGAACUCCAGAGAAAUGACCAGAGAGAGAGUCUACCCCCUAAUACGAAAUUCUAUUGA